AAAUUGUCUGAUACCAAUACUGAACAAUUUGAUGAAUUUCUUAAUGAGGAUGAUAAAUUUCCUAAAAUUGCAUGUUUUAUAUCACAUUUUCAAAUAAAGAAUAUAAUUCAUUCAAGUGUGUCAGUAGAAUAUUCAUCAACCUUGCCAGAAGUAAGCAAAGAAGAGCAGAAUUGCAUGGGAAUUAAAGUAAGUCAUUUUACUGAUCCUUUAUUAAUAAAUAUUGAACAUAAUGAAGUUAAUGUCGAGUCUCCAUUAUGGAAAAAAAUUACUGAAAAUCAGGAUGUCGAUAUAAGGAAAACUAAUACAUAUAUUCAAGAAAUAUUGGAUGUUUUUUAUGCUGCUAAAAAUAAUCAUCAAGAAUUAAAAAAUUAUAUUCAACAUAUUGAUGAAAUUGUAGUAGAAAUUAAAUCUGAUAUGGAUGAAACUAGUGAAAUUAGAAUAGAUGAUAUGUCAACAAGUAUUGAAUUACAAGAAAGAAAAAUGACAUUAUUGGAACAUCAACUAAAGCUCAGAAAAGAAAUGGCAGAGGUAGAAGCUCUUGAAUUACAGAAUCAACAACUAAAAAUCAAUCUGGAAACGACUAGAAUACUAGCUGGGAAUGGUUUAAAUUUAAUGAUAAGUCCGAUUCAACGAAAACUUUGA